GCUGGCCAAGCAAACCACCUUACCACCCUGUCCCCUCUAAAUCUCCUUUUCCUAGAUAUUCUCCUUUCAGUCUCAUCCUCAACCGUACAUAGCAAAAUGAACUCCAUUAAAGGCCGCCGCAAAGUGGCCCCGGCGUCUGCAGACGGCGGAGAUUCGGGCGACAAACUAGACCAGCUCCUCCUCUCUUCCGCCAUCUGCAACGGCGAGGACGUAGGUCCCUUUGUCCGCAAAGCCUUUGCCUCUGGUAAGCCCGAGACUCUUCUACACAAUCUCCGCCACUUUUCGCGCUCCAAGGAGUCUGAAAUCGAGGAGGUCUGCAAGGCUCACUACCAGGACUUUAUCCUCGCCGUGGAUGAUCUCCGAUCCCUACUCUCCGACGUCGAUUCUCUCAAAUCCGCCAUCUCUGGCUCCAACUCUAGGCUUCAGUCAGUCGCUCUACCUCUCCUUACGUCCCUUGACGAAUAUCUAGAAGCACAAACUGUCUCCAACAACAUUAAUUUGGCUCUUAAUUCGAUAGUUCUUUGUAUCAAGCUUAUGGAACUCUGCAUCAGAGCCAAUUAUCAUCUCUCCAAUGAUAAUUUCUAUAUGGCGUUAAUAUCUGUUGAUUCUGUUGAGAGCGAGUUUUUGGACAAGACGCCGUCAGUCACGCUGAAAAGGAUGCUGGAGAGUAAGAUUCCAGCGAUUCGAUCGUAUAUUGAGCGGAAGGUGAGCAAAGAGUUUGGGGACUGGCUCGUGGAGAUCCGUGUGGUGAGUAGGAAUUUGGGCCAAUUAGCGAUCGGUCAAGCCUCCUCUGCUCGGCAGCGAGAAGAGGACUUGCGAAUCAAGCAGCGCCAAGCAGAGGAGCAGAGCCGCCUCGGUUUGCGAGACUCGGUGUACGCUUUGCAUGAGGAAGAUGAUGAGGACGGGGCAGGGAUCGGGGAUGAUGCUGGUAUCGGUGGCAGUGGUUUGUUGGGGUUCGAUUUGACUCCUCUCUAUAGGGCUUAUCAUAUACACCAAACGUUAGGCCUCGAAGACCGGUUCAAGCAAUAUUACUUCGAGAAUCGGAAACUUCAAUUGACUUCAGAUUUUCAGGUAUCAUCCAUGACUCCCUUUCUCGAAUCUCAUCAAACAUUUUUUGCACAAAUUGCUGGGUUUUUCAUAGUAGAAGAUAGAGUUUUGAGGACUGGUGGGGGUUUGAUCAACAAAAUGGAAGUCGAGAAUUUGUGGGACACUGCUGUUAGUAAGAUGUGUUCAGUUUUAGAGGAUCAGUUUUCUAGGAUGCAAACUGCGAAUCAUCUUUUGUUGAUAAAGGACUAUGUGAGUUUGCUUGGAGUGACUUUGCGGAAGUACGGGUACCCAGUAGAUGCCUUGCUUGAUGUUUUGAGCAAGCAUAGGGAUAAGUACCAUGAGUUGCUGUUAUCAGAUUGUCAAAAACAGAUUGCUGAGGCACUUUCUGCUGAUAAGUUUGAACAGAUGAUGAUGAAGAAAGAGUAUGAGUAUUCAAUGAAUGUGCUCUCAUUUCAGAUACAAACAUCAGAUAUUGUACCGGCAUUUCCUUUUGUUGCUCCUUUUUCAUCUACAGUGCCUGAUUGUUGUCGGAUUGUGCGAUCAUUUAUCGAGGAUUCUGUGAGCUUUAUGUCGCAUGGUGGGCAGCUUGAAUUCUAUGAUGUUGUUAAGAAAUAUUUAGACCGUCUUUUGAGUGAGGUUUUGGAUGGGGCACUGUUGAAGCUUAUAAACACAUCAGUCCAUGGGGUAUCUCAGGCAAUGCAGGUGGCGGCAAACAUGGCUGUCUUGGAGCGUGCUUGUGACUUCUUCUUCCGUCAUGCAGCACAACUCUCAGGGAUUCCCUUGAGAAUGGCAGAGAGGGGUAGGAGGCAGUUUCCGCUAAUUAAAGCCCGUGAUGCAGCAGAAGAAAUGCUAUCUGGGCUGCUUAAAGCCAAGGUCGAUGGUUUCAUGAUGUUGAUUGAGAAUGUGAAUUGGAUGGCUACUGAGCCUUCACAGAAUGGGAAUGAAUAUGUAAAUGAGGUGAUAAUAUACUUGGAAACUCUGGUUUCCACUGCCCAGCAGAUACUUCCAGCGCAGGUUCUUAAAAGGGUUUUAGAAGAUGUUCUUUCUCACAUAUCAGAGACGAUUGUUGGGGCUUUACUGGCGGAUUCAGUUAAAAGAUUGACUCCAAAUGCAGUAAUGGGGUUUGACGCGGACAUCCGGUUCUUAGAAUCUUUUACAGAAAAUCUGGGACCCCUGUUUUCAGAUACAGAUGCUAACCAAUUGAAAUCAGCACUUGCUGAGGCUAGGCAAAUGGUAAAUUUGCUCUUGAGCAGUCAUCCUGAGAAUUUCCUGAAUCCAGUGAUAAGGGAGAGGAGUUUCUAUAAGCUGGAUUACAGGAAAGUAGUAACAAUUUCAGAGAAAUUGAGGGAUCCUUCAGAUCGAUUGUUUGGAACCUUUGGGAGCAGGGGAGCCAAGCAGAAUCCACAGAGAAAAUCUCUAGAUGCAUUGAUAAAAAGGCUUCGAGAUGUGAGCUGAUUUGGCAUAGACUUGUAUUUUGAUUUUUACCCCAUCAAUUGUAAUUUUCAGGUGAGUAGUUUCUUACGGAUGUCCCACUUGUGGCUAUGGAUUUGAUUGUUUCAAUUAGAACAGGAGGAAGAUUAGAUGGUAUUUGUGCUAAUGUUAUGCUGUCAUUCUAUGCAAACAAAUAGAUGGUGUUUUAUUUA